CUCUGCCUCUUGAUCACCAUGUGAGCUUCUUCCUUCUGCCGCACUCUCCUGACAUGAUGUUCAGCCUCACCUUGACUCCUGAGGAAUGGAGCCAGCCUUCUAUGGACUAAGACCUCUGAAACUGAGAGGAAUGGAAAUACAUCUUUUUAAGUAAUCUGCUCAGUAUGAUAUAGCAACUACGUGAUGUAAAUAAUACUGAAGCCUUGUUCUGACUCUGAAGUCAGUGCUCUAAACUUCUGUGCAGAGGUAGAAAUAAAUAUUUGUUUGUUAAGUUCCUAGUAAAUAAAGAAAUGGAAUUAACAUGGAAGAAACAAAUGGGUCUAUCUUCAUUAAAAAAGGAACAAAGAAUGAUGUGAAUGUUGACAUUCCAGUCAUUGUCAAUAGGUAAGUUAUAAUCACUGUUAUAAUCACUGAUUGGAAAUGUAUUUUAAUUCAGAGAAACUUCUAUUAAAACAAAAUAACUUUGAUGGAAACAUUUACUUCUCCUUUUUGCAAAAGAGUCUCUGUAACAGAAAUUAUUUAAUGAGUCUGAUUAACAAGAAGACAGAACUGCUAACUUAUUUUUGUCUUUCAUCUGAUGCCAUAGACAUCUUCAUUUUCAUGGUGUUACUAUAGAAGACUCCAGAAUCUCCAAGUGCUGCCAGUCAUGCAGCAGAUGAACAUCACUCUGGUCAGUGAGUUCAUCCUGGUGGGCUUCCCCACUGCCCCAGGGAUGCAACUCCUGCUCUUCUUCCUCUUCCUCCUGGUCUACUUGUUGGUGGUAGCAGAGAAUCUUGUUAUCAUGCUCACUGUUUGGGUCACAGUCUCUCUUCAUAAGCCCAUGUACUAUUUCCUGAGUAGCUUAUCUUUCCUGGAGGUCUGGUAUGUCUCUGUAACUGUCCCCAAGAUGCUGGAUGGAUUCCUCCUGCAGAGACGGCGCAUCUCCUUCACAGGUUGCAUGACCCAGCUCUACUUCUUUAUCUCUCUAGCCUGCACAGAGUGUGUGCUUCUAGCAGCCAUGGCCUAUGACCGCUAUGUGGCCAUCUGCCACCCUCUGCGAUAUCCGGUCAUCAUGACCACAGGUUAUUGUGUGCAAUUGAUGGCCCUCUCCUAUAUAAGUGGUUUUACAGUCUCUGUUAUCAAAGUUUAUUUUAUUUCACAUGUUGCCUUCUGUGGCUCCAAUGUCAUGAACCACUUUUUCUGUGAUAUCUCACCAAUCCUCAAACUGGCAUGCAAAGACAUGUCCACAGCUGAGCUAGUGGACUUUGCUUUGGCAAUUGUCAUUCUUGUUUUUCCUCUCAUCACCACUGUCCUCUCCUAUAUCUACAUUGUGUCCACCAUUUUGUGUAUACCCUCCACCCAGGGAAGGAAGAAGGCCUUCUCCACCUGUGCAUCCCACCUCACUGUAGUCAUAAUUUAUUAUACAGCCAUGAUAUUCAUGUAUGUCCGACCCAGAGCUAUUGCAUCAUUUAAUUCCAACAAACUAAUCUCAGCUGUGUAUGCAGUCCUCACACCCAUGCUAAAUCCCUUCAUCUACUGUCUAAGGAACCAGGAAGUCAAGAAUGCUAUAAAGAAGACCUUGUGGGGAGGCCAAUGCCUUCUGCUCAGCUGAUCUCUGCUGCCCUGAGGAGGAGACAGUGUUUCGUGCAGGAUAUUGUUUCCAUGACAUUUGUCAUGGUCCUGUUUAUUACUAGCACUCUUCCACAACCUGGAUUCCUAAAGAAAUUUCUGCAUGAGAAAAGUAAAAAGGAAAAAUUCUAGAAGAAACAGGAGAAAAUGUGGGAAAUAGUUCAUAAUAUUUGUCACUCUAACCAUGGAUUAUUAUUUAUAAACAAUGAGAUAUUUAUAAGUGCCUUGAAAUUACAUAAGUAUAAUACAUAUUUAGUGUUCGCAAGCCAUUGUUCUUAGCACUUUAAUCAUAAUAAACCAUUUUAUUCUCGUAAUAUUUUAUGAGUUAAUUAUUGUCAUUACAAAUUAGGAAAAUGAAGAACAUAGAUGGUAAAUAAUUUGUUCAGGAUUGCAACCUAAUUACUAUCUAUGUCAUUAUUUGAGCCCAGGAAGUCUGACUCUAGAAUCCACUGUUUUAGUUUCUUUCUUCCUCUCCCUCUCUCUGUUUCUCCUUCCCUCCCUUUCAAGAUUCUAUGACAGUGACUCUGGAGGGAAGUUAGCUAACAAACGUUGAUUUGUUGAAGGACAAAGCAGUCUAGUGGUUAAGAUAUGAUGUGGUGAUAACUGAUAAUGGUAUGGUGAUAGUGCUGGUUGUGAUUACUUCAAUAUCAUUAAUAAUGAUAUUUAUCAUUUUAUGACUCUUUUCCAAUGUUAACUUCCUUCUAGCGUUAUUACAAGUCAUUCCUCAUUACAGAGGUGAGAGUAAUAGUUUCACAAGAGAUGAAAUAAUUGAUAUUCCUGUCAUUUUUGCAGUUGAUUAUAUAUCUCUUAAGACUCCUUUUGUUGAGUUCUUGAAUUCUUUUGGCUUUCCAGGGUGUAUCAUGCCACCACCAACAAACUAAUGGGAUGUUGUUACUUUAAUAUAGGUUUGAGCUGAAACUCUUAAUACACCAUUGUAAUAUAGAUGCUACAUACAAAUUAAUGAAAAACAAAUACAAAAUUUCCUAAGACCAAAUGAGUGUUAGAUAUCAUUGAGACAUCUGCUAACUAGGUAAGGAACUGUACUAUACCAGACAGAAUUCUAUAAAUUUCAUUAAAUUGAGACUAAGUAUAGAAGAAAUAAUCAGGAAGAGCUAUUCUAACUAUAUAUCCCUACCAUUUCAUGUGUGAUGCCACUAUUAUUUGUCCAUUUUUAUCUAAGUUACCCUCAAAGUUAUUCAACACACCUUGGCUAAUUUCUUAUAUAUUGUGCUUAUUAUGUUAUUCUAUAUUUAAGAAUGCUUGAUAUGAUUUAAAUACAAAAUACUCUUUGGUUAUUAUUAUAAUAGCUGUUUUGGAAUAAUUCUAUUAUCCAUGAACUUCAAUAAUAUCUUAUUUUUCCCCACCUCCACCAAGUAAACCUUGUAUUUUACUUAUCCUGAACAUGAGACAUUCAUUAGUCACCUAAAAGUAUUCAAUAGCGACAAUGAACCAAUUAUUGCCGUGCUUAUUCAUUCAUUUAUUGAAUAUUUCUUAUGUCUCUUGUCCAUGCCAUGUUGUGGUAAUAGUGUUUGAGGUUGCAUUGGGUUAUCAAUGAUGAAACAGCAUUGAUAUGGAUAAUAAUAUUGGUGAUUUUAUAAUCCUUUUCCAAUUUUACCUUCAUUCUAAGACCAUUACCAUGAUACUCUGUGGGGCUAAAAUGGUGAACAAAGCAAAACACGUAGACAUAAAUUAUUCCCUUGAAUAGUUCAGAGUUGAAUAACGACAAGAGCACAAGUAUACUGUAUGCUGUAAGUGUGAUGAUGCAAAUAUAGGUACUGUGGCAGCAAAUGGUAGGUGGAUGGCCAAGUGAUCAGAGGGAAUGUUCCAGCAUAAGUAGCAUUUAGGCUAAUGUGUUAGUUGGGUGAGAAAUGCUGGAUAGCAGUGAGAAUUGGAGUUGUGGGGAGAGGAAAGGUCAAGAGUCAAGAGAGAUGCUAACAAAUGCAAACAAUUAAAAGAUGAUUAGCACAUUUUGAACUUAAACUGAAACAAGGAAGAAAGGGAUCAUACGAAGAAGAAAAUUCAUCCUUACCAACUGAAAUAUUGCAGUAUUAAAAUUUUCUCAUAAAACGUAUGGAUGUAUAAUAAGUUCUAUAAUGGUAGUUUUAGUUUCUGCAAAUACGAGAUCUUCAGCUUGUAGUGCUCCUACCAGAUGAACAGGAGUCACUGACAAAGUGGAGCAGAACAAGGUGAGUUGAUUAAAUAUUGAGCUGUAGUACCUUUUCACUCUGAAUGACAAUUAUCAGUUUAUGUGUUUGAUUUUACCACUAUAUUGUGAGCUUCUGUAGAGUAGGAGCUAAACUUAUUCAUCUUUGUAUCUACAAUAUCUGCCACAGUGCAUGAUAUUACAGGCUUUGUACUAGUUAUUACUACUUUGCACUCCUGACUCUGUUUUUACUCCCUGCAUACCCCAUCUCCAAGGAGGUGAGAGGAACUGAUCAUGGGACCUCUGGCUUCCAAUUUGGUUGGGCCAGGUGGAAGCACCAGCAGGAAAUUAGAGGAUGCGAACAGAGAAUGCAAGACAUUUCUUUCCUGGCUGGCUUGUGUGACUCCAGUAAUGGCUGCAACUCCCACAACAUAGGUGCUCCUAUCCCAGGCUGCAGCUGUCGCUGGGUUUCUGCUCUGCUGGUCUUUAUGUGGCUCAAUAUCCCUGACUGGUUGUCUUCGUUUUGUCCAACUUCUGCGGAUGGUUAUAACAUUUAAUUCUACUCAAAAAUUUCAUCAGAGAUUGUUUUCUGUUUCUUUCUGGGAUCCUGACUGAUAAGGAAUCCAACAAUUAUUAGUCAAAUUGAAAUAAACCAUUGUGGGGAUACUCAGAAUGAACAUGCAGCUUUAAAAACUCAUGUUUACAUUUUGAAAUCAAUAACAUGGCAUAAACUACCCUCAUUUUCUCUUUAAGUAUAAUAUAGGUCAGAACUUGAAAUACCAUUUCGUUCUACAUUUAAUUUUCCCAUGAUUUCUACUUUUCUUCCACCCACAUGAUACCACUGUCGAAUUGAAAUUUUGAGAUGUCUAAGCUAACACAAUCAGAAAAUUUAAACUCAGGUGUUAAAUAUAUUGUGCCCGCCUAUUUUGCCAUUUAUUGUAGACCUCCAGUAGGAAGCAUUUUGUUUCUCCAGAAUGAGUUUAAGUUUACUGAGAACAGGAGGAGUUCUCUGUGCUCUUCUUCUCUUGCCAGAGUAAAUCAGGCUGUAUUUUAAGAACUGUGGAAGAAUUUCUUCCACGCCCCUUCCCAAGUGCUGCUGAGUCACUCAAGGACGUUCACAUUCUUCUAACAACCGAUAUUGAUUUUUAAAACUACCCCGUUGGGGACUGAGUAAGGGGAAAAUAUCAGGAAAGUAGAUGAGUUUGUAGACAAAUGUUUAGCUUAAAACUCUGGUGUGAACACUUGUUAGCUCUGCGUCUUUCAUGGAUUAUUAGAGUUUCAGUUUCCUUAUCUGUAAAAUAUGUGCCAUAAUAUCUACAUUCAGAAGUUGAUAUGGAAAUUAAAAGAGAAUGGAUAUAUGUGAAAACAUCUGGCACACUGCUUGACACAUACUCUUGUAAGUAAUUUGACUAAGUACAAGAUGAGUAGGAUUGUUCAUAAUACUUUAAAAAUCAAGUCCAAGCUCCUCCAUGAUACUCUCUUGGUUUUUUGUUUGUUUGUUUGUAUUUCGCUUUCCCUCGGUUUCCAGAUUGUGUUGAUUUUAUCCUGAAAUCUAUCAAGAAGCAAGAAUUUCUGACUGUGCUUAACUCCUGUUCAAAGUGACAAAGUCUGGGUUAUAAUACUCUUCCAAACUCUUCCUUGUACUGAUAAGGAUUCAAAUGCACACAUUAUUUCUUAUUCUACAUUAUAAAUUUCUUUUGUUAUCUGUUUAUGACUCAGUUUCUAAAAAUGACCUCCACUUAUUAUAUAUUCAGUGAUCAAUAAAUAUUUUUAAAUGAUUUCUUGUCUUAAUAUAUAUAAUGCUUUUAGUCUAUAGUCACAGUAAUGACACCUUCAAAACCUCCUGGCAUAUCCAGGAGCUGUUCUUUCCAGUUCUUUCAAUUUUUAGUUCUGUGGCUAAGACAAAUGUCCUAUUAGCUUUUAAUAUCCAUUUCAAUACUUUUUCACUUGUCAAGGCCAGAAAGCUUAAAACUAUAAGGGCUGAGGCUUUCAUUUAUGUUUAAGUUCCUGUCUGAUGCCUUUAACUGAGAUUCUUUGGAUUUUUAUGUUUUAAAUUUUAUUUUUAAUUGAUAAAUGGUAAUUGUGUAUAUUUAUGGAGUACAGUGUGAUAUUUUCAUAUAUAUUUAAAAUGUGGAAUGAUUAGAGCAGGCUAAUUAACAACUCAAACGCCUUACCUACUUAUCAUUUUUGUGUGGUUGAAUACAUUUCAAAUCUACUCUUUUAGCGACUUUGAAAUAUAUAAUGUAUCUUUUUUCUUAUAGUCACCAUGUAGAUUACUAAAACAUAUAUCUGCCUGUAUAGUCAUUGGAAAGGGGGAAUGUCAGGGACCAAGAAGUUCUCAUUCUGAGAACAUUCUGACCUUUACAAUAAGCAGCAGCGCCCCUCCCCCCUCCUGGCUGAUAAUUCUGACAGUAUGGCGCCUAUGGUGCCGUCCCUGCUUCUCUUCCGGGACUUCACCUUUCCGCCGUUGGGAACCUCACCUUCCCUCCGGCGCCAACUUGCAGCCUAUCAGGAGCCCAAUAGAAGAACACAGCCAACCAGGCUGCACCUCGUCAUACCCCUCAUUCCCUGAGCAUAU